AUGAGCGCACAAUUCGCCUUGAUCAUUCUUUGUGCCGCAACAUGCGUGCAGGCAGCCUCGUCGGUCGAUACCAAGGCGAAAAUCACCCUUGCGUGCCUUCUUGGCGGUGUGCCAGCCGUGUCAUUGAUUAUGUUGACGGUCUUCUGUGUUUGGAUCAAGCAACGCAAACGUCGUGCGCAGAAGGAUGCUCUCGCCAACGGCAUUGAGCUCGGUCCCGAUGGAUGGCCAGUCAAGACGGCCACACACAAUGUCGUCCUUCCGGAGGUCUUGCCCGGAAACGCAAGUGCUGCGAGUGGAGUUAUUGGAAAUAGGUCCGAUGCAAAUGGGUCAGUUCCGCCGCCUGCGUAUGAAGCUGGGGAUGGAAAGAAGGGUGCGCCUCCGAAAUGGUGA